AUGGAUCUUUCAACUGUACUGUUGCAAGUUGAAGAAGCUUGUGCUGACUUGCAGGUACCAUCUACCCGUCAUGCGGGUGAGCAAGUCAUUAUGAGCUUUAAACAGAUGUCAGGAAACCUGGACGCAUGCCAAUACAUUCUUGAAUACACAAUCCCAUGUUGUACAAUUUUACAUGGCGUUAUCGGUGAGAGAAUCAGUGGUUCGGGACUACGUUUUGUAUUCGAAGGAAUAUUUGUCGAAUUUAAAGAAUUGGUUGUUGAAUUAUUGUUUGCAACGUCCAAAAUUCUUCAUGCUAUUUCAGUCAUGAUCAAAAGAAGCCUUGAUGAUUUUCAUGAAAUUGAAAAACGGUCAAUACUGAUACAAAUUCAGGAGCUUGUGGCAAUGGAUGGUUACAACCGACAAGUUGGAAUUGCUUUAGCCAAUGAAUUGGUUGAUGAAUUUUCCACAACAAAAGCAAGCAAUGUCGGCCUUCCUUGGGAUUUUCAUAAAAAAACCAAAGAAUUCUUUGAAGCUACCUUUCUUCUUCCGUUGUUUGAACUAGUUCUUCGAAUUUUGCAUCAGCGAUCACAAUUAUACAUAGGGAAUCAAUUCUCACAGUCUUUUACAAAUGGACAUGGCCAUUCAACAACAAUAAACAAUUUACAAAAUGAUUUGAGGCAUGAUACGCUUUUAGAGAUCUCGCUAAAUCUUGUAGAAAAGAUCUUAUAUUGGGAUUUUACCAGCAAAAAUGAUUCUUUGUUAGCAGGUACUUUUGCAAAAGAAGGGAACGACAUAAUAGAAGAUGCAUUAUUCAUCACCGCUAAAACGCGAGAAUUUCCUGCUAGUUGGAGAAGUCUUAUAAUUCAUAAUGAAGUCCUACGGAUGUUUUUCACACUGUAUAAAGUUGUACAACAAAAUGAGUCAUUAGCACAUCGUUGUAGACAGUGCUUGGUUCAAAUUUCUGGUUUACACGGAGAGAUCUUUGAAGCUGAGCAGCAGAUUAUUGAAUACAUUACUCUUAUGAUUAAAGAAAUAUCAGAAUUAAUGAACAAAGAUGCCUUACAUAAAUACGGCCAAAGUCUCCUUGGUACUUCGCAAAUGAUUCGAAGACUUCUUUGCACUUUUCCGUUGUCAGUCUUAUGCAAUGUUCCUGAUGUAUCAACGUUCCUGCAUGAAGUCGCCCAACUCAGUGCGACAUGUCUAAGGGAAAGUGUUGUCAUGAAAGAUGGUUAUUUGGUCGAAGAUAGUUCAUGGAGUCUAGAAGCUUUUGACGAACUGUUGGCAGUAUGGGUUAAAUUGGUCCAAGAUGUUCAAUCUUAUCGCAAUGGUCAGAACGAAAAUCGUUCGAUUCCGUUUCAUAAUCUAACUGCAAUUAUGACUUUUUUGGCCGAAGCAAGCUACCAUAUUGUUGCGACUUACAUAGAUACUCGUUUAGAGGCGGCAAAGUUUACAGUCAAUGAUGACGAUGAGGAAGAAACAAAUGGUUUUAAAGACUGGGAUACUUAUGGUGAUCAAUUACUGAGCAUUUCCAUAUUAGCUCGUAUUGUUGGCCAGCAAACGUUGGAAAAGCUCCAAGGCUUGUUGCACGAGCGUCUUAUGCAAUUAAAAUUAUUUUUUGAAGCCAUCACAGAUAAUAAUCAUUCAUUGUUAUAUAUUUAUGAGAGUCUCCACUGGCUGAUUCUCAUAUCUGCAUGCGUAUUAGCUGAUCCUGGUGAAGGCGAACAACCUUUAAUUCCCGAUUUAUUAAUGCAAUUGUCGAUUUCCCAGGAAAAUCUUGGGAAAAAUCAUGAUCAAAUAGUUAUGCUCCUAAAUACAGUGUUGGGCAUAUUGGAUCUAGUAUCUUUAGAUACUUCUGUCAUUGAGAUAUCGCAUUGUAGUCCUCGAGUUGCAGAAACUUUAUUCUGGUUUUUCGAACGGUGGGGAAGAACUUACUUACUCAUCGAUGAAAGCGAUUAUCAAAGCAUGAGUAAUAAUAUCGUUUGCGCGUUUGGCAAGCCUGAAAGUCACGGUGAAGGCAUACGUAUAUUGCAUUUUUUGGUAGACAAGAUUAAGACAAAUUUUAUUCUUUGGAAUGGUGAUUCAGAUCCUUUAUUACAGAUUGUUAGAUUGCUAAACUCUUAUGGAAAGAAGUCUGCAUUGAGAAAUGGAUUGCUAAAAUCUGAUAAUUUCCCCGAAUUGCUCACAUUUUUUACCGAAAAUUUGGAUCAUUUCCCACAAAUGAUUCAUAAUUCAUUGAUUCAAACGAUAGCAAUAAUAACGUCAGGUGCUGAUGAUGAUGAAAUAAAGCAAUCGUACUUUCAAAUGAUCACUGGGGCUAUUGAGAAACGUUUUUUAGCAGUUUUGCAGAGACCUGAUUUUUCACAAGUAUACCAACAAGCUGACAUCAUUUAUGAAAUGUUUGAUGGUCUCGCAUUGGCUUCUAACUUUUCCAACACGACACUCAUUUAUGACUUUUGUUCAAAAUAUUUUGAGUUCUUUGUGAGGCUUUUACAAUAUUAUAAGAAUUGUCCCGAGGUUGGGUUUCUUGUGUUGCAAUUCUUUAAUUCGUUUGUAACUUAUCAAGACUUUUCUGAGCUGUCACCAGAACAAACAAAAACUGUAUACCAGACAAUUGUGGAAAUGUUUAAAGCGUAUUCUGAGGCUAAUUUAGGGAAGAAACAACUUGCGGCUUCUGAGGAAGAAACUGAUGAACCAUAUGCAGAUAUAUCUAUCUUAUUAGAUAUGCUUUCUGAAAUUAUGGCAUCGGAGUUUCGAGCAUUUGAUGAUUUGGCACAAGAAGCAAAAACAACAGAUUCUGAUGUAUCCAAUGUUGUUUUUUAUGGGGUUAAUCUUAUAAUGCCAUUGAUUAAUCUUCAGGUUUUGGAGAUCCCGAAAAUCUGUAAAGAAUAUAUGAGAUUAAUUGCCCAUAUUGUGGAAUUUUAUCCAGAUAAAUUAGGAGUUCUUCCUGCUGAAUUACUUCAUAAUUUAUUUGCUUCACCUCUUGACAAAUUUUUACAAAUUGUGCUUGAAUGUUUUUUAUUCAAAGAUUUUGAGGCAGACUUAUUAGAACCUGCGUCAGAAACAUUGGUUGCUUUAAUAUGUUCAAGAAAGGAAUAUUACAAUCAUUUGGUACAAACUUUCAUAUCCAACCAAAAUUCGCCUGAACUUCGCACUCGACUUCAUGACGCUUUUGCAACUCUAUCCUCCGGAGUUCCGCAUACUCUUCCCGAAACUUUACUUCGUCGUCGAGAUGUUUCUGGUUUCCGGGAAAUUUUAUUCAGAUUCCUGAUGAAUGUGCGUGGUUUCUUGCGUGUAAAAUAA